GACUGGAGACUUUGGCAUUAUCUUUUUUUAAUCCGCACAAAUGAUCGAAAUGGCAGGCUACUUUGACACUGACAAACUUAGUAUCUGAGAUCAAUAAAAACGACCUUGUCUUGAAUCCAUCAAUAGCCUAUAGGCCUAGGUUUGUGGAGAAACAUAUAGUAGGCUACAAUAUGAGGAGGAAAUUAGUCCUAAAAAUGCUUUCCAGUUUCACUGACUCACCCAAUGAUGCGCAGCUCACUCGCUGGAGAUUGUCGAUGCGCUCGUGUCAAAAGCCUAUCUCUCCCUCUCUCUGUUUUGUAAAACAAUGUUUGGGAGUUGAUCAAAUAUUUUGGUAGUCUACAGCAUAGUCUUAUCUUUUCAGCAACAGUCAUUGUUUUUCAAUCUGUGUUUUCCCUCGAUUGUAUUUGAAAUAUUGCAAAAGGCCCGUUUUGUCUGCCUGCUGUUUUUUCACUGACAGAUUUGCCUCGCGUUCCCGACUGUAGGCUAUUCUUUGUUAUUGGGCUACAAACCGCAGCUAGGCUAUUUAAAAAAGAAGCUAUUGGUCCUCUGUAGCUAAAUUAUAGGGCUUCUCAUGACGUAUUAGGCUAUUCUGAAUGAUUUAAUUUAUUUCUGAACAGACAGCAGUAAUUCCGUAACUUUAGAAAAUUCCUCCAGAACCCUUCAUGCAGCUAUGAUUCUAUAAGGAAACAAAUGAUGAAGUGCAACUCUGGAGAGAUGAGGGGGCAGGAUAAUUGACGAAGAGGCAACUCGAAUGAACUUUGAUCGCUUUUAUUAUAAUUGUUACAUAGCAAAAAGUGAAAAUUAUUUUUCAUGGCACGAGAGGUACCGGAUUCGGGCAAGUAGGUUCCGGAACAAAACAGUCCAGAACGGAACGGUGCCGGAUCCUGUUCUGGCAUGAUCCUGCUCAAAUUAAGCACUGAUUUGAAGUACCUAGGCCUCUACCUGCUGAGUAUAAAGAUUAUUAAACUAGAUUCAGUGGGCUUGUCAUUCACAGUACUGAUGAAAAAUCAAGUACAGUUGAUCUAAAUGUGGAUAUACGAGGACAUCUAGUGGUCACCUGAUUUUUUAAAACUCAUGCAAGCUAUCUUUGCACUAGCAUGCGAUGCCAUAUAUUUGACGCAGAGCCUUGUCCCAGUCUCUAGACCUGCCUGUCUGUGUGAUGGAUGACCACCUGACCUCUGAAGCUGUCAAUGAGAUGGAGCAGAGCAAUUCUACCAGGAGCAGAGCAACCUCAGUGAUGGAAACCACAGAAGAGGGAAAGCUCAACAUUGUGGAACAUCUGACACUUAUGGACUUCCUUCAAAACCUAACUGAGAAGCAAUGGAGGGGGAUUCGUGAGGGCAUGUUUGACCCGCUGACAAAACAACAGCUUGCCGGCUUGUGUCUGAGGAUUGUCCAGUUUUUAUCGGACAAGCUGAUGCAGAUCAUCAUCCCAGGUCUUUACGAACUACUGGGCAUCCAAGAUGCUGCCUCUUCUCCAUUGUCACAGAGAUCUCUCACAGCGUCACUCACCAGUCUGUUAGACGAUAAGACUAACACCAAGUCCCGCGUGAGAUUUACUGAGGCUGGUGUACCUAAGAGGCCAGGCAGUCGAAAGUCUUACAAUAGCUUUCGCAUCCCGACUCCCUACCCUUCCUCCAACUGUAUGGAGCAGGAAGAGGAAGAAGAACAGGAAUCACAACUUAAGUUCAAGGAGAUUUACCUGACUAAGGGCAGUCUGGGCAGUGGAAGCUACCUGCCCAAGGGGGCCAUGAGGACUCUAACCUCUCUGUCUGAUGUGCAGAAGAAAACAACCAACUCUGAGACGCUACAAGUCCUCUUAGGUGUCUCAGAGGACACCCUCGUCACCUGUGUGCAGGACAGCCUGCAAGGUUCUCUCUCCAAACUUGCAUGCAUGUCCAAUUCUCCAUCUGGAAGUGCAGGCUCUAUGAUGCUAACCCCUGCUGUAAUGGCAGAGUUGGCUAAAGAUGUCAAGUCGGCCUUAUCAGUGGUCGUUAGGAGUGCCUCCGCAAGUCAAACCUCUCUAGUGACACCGGUAAGGGGAGACUCACAGACCAAGUUGACUGAGAGCAUGGUGACAGAGCUGGCUGUUAAACUUGAAAAAGUUGACCAAGAGAGCAAGAGUCUAACAGGGCAAGUCAUGACCACCAUCUCUGACACAAUGGUGGCUUUUGUUGACGAGAACCAACAGAAUUUGCUGGAAGAUCUGAAGGACAAGAUCACGUUUUUGGCAUCGCAUGUUGGCUUCAUUGAGGAUCUUGAUGCCCUGAUAAGGAAAUACGAGAGCAGCUACAAUAUUAGUGAAUCUGGUUCCUCCUGCACGCUCACAUCUAAGAGCAUCCAAAAACUCUCUAGCCGGGAGUUUCAAACAUCAGCAAUACAAGCAGUGAGUGGAGUUCUUGACAAAAAAGUCAGUAGUUUGAGCUUUCCUAGUUCAGUCGUUCAGUCUGAGUUAACAGGUGCUGUAUCAGGUCAAACAUUGUCUGGCAUUGUAAAGACAGAGUCAAUUCACCCAGUGGGCUCAGCAGCGUCAGUAGUUGUUAAGACUUUCGUGUCAGAUAUGAAGUCCUUGGCUGAAUCUGAAGAGAGUCCCCAACAGAAGAGUGCCUGGUCUGCUGCUGUUCACAUUUACCACAGCAUCCAAAACAACUUGAAAGAUUAUUUCGACAAGCUUCAGCGAUGUGCCUUAAAGAGCAUUGUCACAUCUGAUGAUAACAUCAAAAAUGCUGAGUUCAAGGAGACAGUUCCACUUCCUUGCUUAGACAUGAAAUAUAGGCCCAGUAAGAGUGAGCCUCAGUUGCCAGAGUCCACUGGUGCAGUUACUUUACAAAGAGGCCUAAGUGAGAGCUCAAAACUUAUUUGGGCAAAAACUGAGUCAGAAGAAAGCAAGCUCCUUCUGACAACUUGCACCAAAGAAGUCAUCUCAGAGCUUCUGGUCUUGUACAACACUGAGAUGUCAAAGGAGGACGCCCUGUACACUGUUGGAGAAAAAGGAUCAGGCUUCUCUAUUGAGAGAGAGAAAUUUGUAGAGGGUGUUCUGGCUCAGCUUGGGGAUAUUGCCCAUUCCAGGGCCUCAUCACCAAUAGUAUGUGAGUUCCCCUGUCAAAUUGAGGACAGCAGAAGUAAGGCCACAGCUUCUUUGACCAGUCUGUUAGAUUGUAUUAGAAAACUCUCAAGUGAGGAAUUUAAGAGAAAUGCCACUCAAGCAGUGAGUGAGUUCCUAGUUAAAAAGUCCACCAGUAGCUUAACUAGUGCAAAGCCUGCUUAUUCUGUAGCAUCCAGGUCUUGUUCCAUUCAAAACCAGUACACAUGGUCAAAGGAUAUUUGUGCGGAUUCUGCUGCCUUUGGCAUCAUUGAAACAUUUGUGGAAGACCUGCAGAGCUCGGCGCAACCUGCAGAAGUAGAGGAGAGAGAACCUGACCUCCAGGAAAAUGCACAAAAGCUUCAGAGCAGGAUCUGGUCUGCUACCACUAGUUUAUAUAACAAUAUUCAGAGGACAUUAAAGGACUUCAUCAUUCAUCAGCGGAGGUCAGACAUGCUGAGCAGAAUGUCUACUCAUAUACCCACAGAGGACUCUGGACAUCUUGGGACUAAGGAGCACAUUUGUUUGGCAAGCCAGGACUUGAGGCAAGCUAGUAAGAGUGUGCCUCACUUGCACAGUUUGAACCUUGAAGUGGCUCUACACAGGGGUGUCAGCGAGAGUUCAAAACUUCUCUGGACUGAAACAGACGAGGCUCUACUGACCAAUAGUACCAAAGAGGUCAUUUCAACAAUCUUGACCUCAUGCGAGGAUCAGGCAUCAAAUGCACCUUGCUUCUCGACAGUAGGAAAGAAAAUAUCUGAUAUGUCCCUUGAGGUCAACAUGUUGGUAGGUGGUGUUCUGUCUCAGCUGAAGGACAUCUCCUUGUCAAGGUCCCCAACACCAUGUGAAGACAUGUUUGAACAUCUCCAAGGUUCUCCUGAGCGAACCUCUCCAGUAAGUCUAGAUUGCAGCACGGCUGCCUCCAAAGGCAUUGCAUCUUCCCACAGUCUUUCAACAAAGAGCCUCCAAAAACUCACUAGUCAUGAGUUCCAAACCAAAGCUGAGAAAGGAGUGAGUGAUGUCAUCUCUAGAUCAUUUAACAUUGUGGAGGACGCUACAACAGAUAAGUACCUCCAGUCUGUAUCUACAUCCACCACAUCUACUGAUAUUAUACAAGCCAUGGUGAAAGACCAGCAGGAGCUCACCCAGACCACCCAAUCAUCUGACAUGGUAUCUGGAACCUCCCUGCUCACCACUGGACAGGUUUCUGAGAAAAGAAUCUGGUCUGUUGCUCGUAACAUCUACUACAGUCUGCAAAGUAAGAUUACGGAGUUUCUCAGAAAAGAUCUUCAAAGAUCAGACACAACACUUGGUUCAAUCCAAAUAUUUACAUAUCAAAGCAGUCUUGCUUCACAAAGAGCAAGUCUCUGCCAUCUUGAGGUCAACCAGAGCAGUGUUACACCUGGUGGAAACGAUGCCUGUGUGGACAUUCCGCACAAAUUACUACCUAAAACCACUGAGCUCUCAGGAUCCAUGCUGGAGGAUAUUGGCACGAUCCGUUGUAGGAGUGCUGACAGCCAAAAUACAAGAAAUACCUCUUCUUCACGCUCUUCUAUCUCUCUAACACCUACUUCAAAAUUAAGGCAGUCGAAAUGGCACUUUGCUUUACCCGGGACUCCCAUCCCCACUGAGUUUCCUGCUCAGAUUGACUUUCCCAUUGUUAGAAACACAAUCAUUGAGGACUUCUUUCACACAGAGGACUUACUUCCUGUAACCUUUGUGGACAAAGUCAGGCAAGCUGCUGGGGUGGUAGUGGACAUUAUGGUGGAAAGUGUUGAGAACACACAGGAAAAUGGACAGGGUGCUUCACAUCUUGACGACCUCCGAUCUGCUGUUAGGAAAUUGAGAAAAAUCAUUUCCACUUGGACCAUCCACAUUUUCAGCCAUGAAUUGGUGGAUAAAGUGAUAGCCCUUCAGGACAGCCACAGCACUCCACAGGUCUUAACAUUGGAAGCAGCCAAAAGUGCUUCAGACUCCAUUCUUUCAAGGCUGAAAUGGGGAAAUGAACAAUGUGCCAUAUCCAAGGAGCUCUCCUCUCAGCUUCUCCAGAUAUUUGCUGAAGAGACAGUGAAGUGCUUCCUGAGACAGUGGUCAGAUGAGUAUGAAAACAUAAACUUUGAUGUUUCAGUCCAGAACGAUCCAAAGACUUCUACUUGCAUGGUCAUUCUUCAAAUGAUCACCAAAGCCACUGCUAAAUGUUAUUUUGAGUCCGCUACCAGCGUGGCCACCAGUGACAUUGUAGAAGGCGUGUUUGAUUUGGAAAGGGAUACCAUCAGCAGUACUGGAGAGCAGGUCCUCACCUUUAACACAAAGGGUUCCAAGAAUGUUAGUAAGAACCUCUGUCCUCAAGAGUCUCUGGAGUACCAGCCUCAGAACAUUUCCCCUACUGUGUACUUUACAGAGACGAUGACAACAUCUCAUGGCUCCUUUUCUCCAGAGGGAAUUUAUGAUAUCGCAUCGUCCUUCCCACUUGAAGAGAAGAGUCGCAAACCCUCCCUUUUCACCAGAUUGUCUAGAUCCAUCACGAAAGGCUUUCUCAGCACAUUCAAAUCUUCAAGGAAAACCAAAUUAUUUAAAUAAAUUCCUCAUUAUAAA